GCGGAGCGCCCCGCCCAUGUCCGGCCCGCUCCCGCUCCCGCUCCCGCUCCCACCGCCGACAUGCCCCUCUUCAGCCUGCCCAAGGAGGCGGCCGUCGGGACGGCGAUGCUGGGGGUCGCCUUCGCCGCGGGGAUCCUCGCAGGUAAAAGAUACCCUUCCUUAGCUUUUGGGACACCCAAAUCAUCCAAGAGUAUUAUUGGGAAAAGCAGUCCUCUCUGGCAAUACAUACUGGAUCACUCUUUGCGGGAACAUCCAAUUCUAAAGAAGCUGCGACUGCUCACUGCUGAUCAUCCCUGCAGUAAAAUGAUGGUGUCCUGUGACCAGGCUCAGCUUAUGGCAAAUUUGGUCAAACUCAUUAAAGCCAAGAAAGUUAUUGAAAUAGGUGUUUUUACAGGUUAUAACACCUUGAAUAUGGCACUUGUCCUGCCAGAUAAUGGCAGAGUUAUUGCCUGUGAUGUAAAUGAGGACUACGUCAAAAUUGGAAAGCCACUGUGGAAGGAGGCAGGAGUAGAGCAUAAAAUUGACCUGCGGAUUAAGCCAGCAAUUCAAACACUUGAUGAACUGUUGGCCAGUGGAGAAGCAGAAACCUUUGACUUUGCUUUCAUUGAUGCGGAUAAAGAAAGCUGCAAUGAGUACUAUGAAAAGUGUUUGCGCCUCAUAAAGAAAGGGGGAAUAAUAGCUAUUGAUAAUGUCCUUUGGAGCGGAAGGGUGCUAAAACCACAAAAGGGUGACUCGGCAACCCAGAGCAUCCACCACCUCAACGAGAAGCUUCUCAGGGAUGCACGAGUCAAUAUCAGCAUGCUCCCAAUGGGGGAUGGAGUCACGCUGGCGUUCAAGUUGUAACUGGAGGAAGCCCAGCAGAUGGGAAGCAACAAGCAGCAUCAAGUCAUCAGGAAAAAUGCAGACAGAGCAGUAUCAAAAAUGGUUAUUUAGCCUGUAUCUCCACUGGAGAGCAUAGCCUAGGGAAGUAGACUUUAGGAGCAGCAAGAUCCUAAGGGCAGCUAAGUUGAGAAGAGAGACUUAUUUUGAGAUCUACUAUGGUUUCUUAUUUUAAUUGUAAUAAAGCAAGUAAACUUA